AUGCAAAAUAAUUAUGUAAGAAAUUAUCUUGUUGGUCAGCCAGGCUUGUUGUCUGGUGAGAAUGGUACUCGAAAUAAAGAGACAUGUUUGGCAAGAGAUAACUACGGAUCACAUGGAUAUGGCUUGCCGAGUGAUGCAUAUGAUGAAGUUCAAGAGAAUAAUGGAAUGCAACCCUACAUUCCCAAUGAAUCAAUUGACGCCAAAGCCAGUCAGCAGAACCAAGUCAACCAAGAAACGGAUGAGGCUCGUGAGGAAGACAUGGAAAUUGGAUACGAUGAAAUGCCAUCAACGCCAACUUACGAGGGUCUUGAACAAAGAUUUAUUGAUGAAAUCAUGAAAUUAGUUAGGGAGCGAAGUGAUAAAGAGGAUGCAGAAAUUUCUAGGCACAAGGAGAGAAUAGUUGAGAUUAACGAAGAGUUCCAAGAGAAAAUGUCUUCCCUGAGAGCUCAUCAAGAAACUCGGAGACAAGAGUUUCUUCAUAAGGAAUUGAAGGCAAGAUCAAACCAGUAUCAGGUUGGUAAAAGGAAUCACCAUCCCAACAUGAAGAUAGCAGAUGCUAAUGGCUAUUUAUGUCCAACAACAUUCACUGCUGGAGAAGCAACAAGUAGUAGCAGGUUUCAUGGUGCUACUGAGUAUUGUAAGUAUGUUGGAGAACCAACUGAGUGUGCGACAACAAUUUCAAAUGGGAUAAAAACUAGUCAAAGCAAUGAGACAAGGGUUCCAUUGCCCCCUGGUCGUGUUUAUAAUAACAAUUCUGUACAUAACUAG